AUGUCUCAUCCGAUUACUGGGAUUGGUUUUGUCACUUCUCUAUCGCGAGUGCCAAGCCAUUGUACGGCGGUGAAGUUGACAAAAGAUACUCAUGAAGAUGCUGAUAUUGGCAAGGAGAAUCUUUUGCGCAAAUCUUCCAGAUAUUUGGUUUAUGAGAAAAAGCCAUGCAGCCAAAGUUCUCCCCAUAAUGUGCUAGUUGAACUCGUAAUUGUUACGAGCAGAGACGCAGUGCCUAUUGGGUUCACCAUUAUCGAAAGGACUCUUGAUACAAGAGAGAGGUGCAUCAAAGGGAAGCACCUAUGUGCCAAGUUCGAGAAAUGGACCCCACAUAUGACCGCUAUUACGGACGUCAUGAUCUUUAAAAAUGCUGGCGAUAGCCUCAGGGGACAUAUUCUAGUCGGGGAGUUGACUGAUCAGCGUAUACUGGCGUGCGUCCAGUCCGAUAUUGGAAGCUCCGCAAACGCAGGCGACAAUUCCCUCAAAAAACGGGCUCCAGCGAAGCCGGCGGAAACUCCACGCAAAUCGCAAAUAUACAGUCCCAUGUGUGGCGUUCCGUUUGAACUCACGAGAGACUGUCGCAUUGGUGACGCAGAUGACAUCAUGAGUCGAUAUUCCGUUCACCCGAAAUCCCGCGAAACGAUUGAAGAUGAGUAUUCCUACAAUUUCACACUGGAGAAGUCUUUGGUGGCUGGUUGA